AUGGGUCAUGCAGCAUCGAAACCAGACCCGAACGCAAAGUUCAGAGUCAUCGGAGCAGGUCUAUCCAGGACCGCCACCACCUCCUUUGGCGCAGCCCUGACAGAGUUGCUGAACGGUCCUUGUCACCAUGGAGGUACGCAGUUGCUUUGCUCCGAUGAGUCAGUGAUCAAGAGAUGGAUAGAGGUUUUCCGGAAGACACCCAUCAAGAACGAUGAAGACAAGAAGGUAGUACAUGCCGAAAUCAAGUCCUUGAUGGACGGCUUUGUUGGCUGUACCGAUCUGCCAGGAAAUGCAGUCGUUGAAGAACUCCUAGAGAUAUAUCCUGAUGCUAUUGUCAUCUGCACAGUCCGUGAUCCGGAGAAAUGGUGGGAAUCGAUUCGCCCGAUCGUCGAGAAUGCCAACUUCACAGUACUGUCGUGGAUUCUUGCGCCCGUCCCACGGUUUAGAUGGUUUCGAACAUAUCACGAUGCGCUAGAUGAUGGCAAUUUUGGACAGGCUCACUUCAAGCCGGGUGAGCCAAAAAAGCCUUCGAGAGUGACGUACGAGCGACACAUUGAAUACCUCAAACGAGUAGUACCAAAGGACAGGUUAUUCUUCUUCGACGUUCGAGAUGGUUGGGAACCAUUGUGCCAGAUGCUCGGAGUACCAGUACCUAAAGACAAGCCAUUUCCAAGGCUCAAUGAUGCUGCUGCCGUCGAAGGAAUAAUGAAAAGUGGCAUCAAGCAGGGUAUGAUGACUUGGGCCGGAAUUGGUGUGACUGCUGUCGCUGGUCUAUAUACUGGAUUGCGCAUGGCGAGAAUUUUUUGA